UUCAGUUAACAUUUCCCUUUCGACCCAAACGGAUGUAUUGAAUUGAAUACAUAAUAAUUCUCAACAAAAAUGAACAGACUUAACUCAAAGGUAUUGGAGGAGAUUGUCCAUAAGAAUGCGGACAAUACAUCAAGGAUCGUUGAGCAGACCCACGGCUAUGUGGUAUCGGAAAAUAACGGUGCUUUGGUGGCCACAUCCUUUGAUAAUACCACGGCCCAGGCAAUUGUGAAGCAUGUGCAUGAUAAUUUUCUAAAAAUGGCUCAAAGUGCUAUACGCGAUUUGGAUCCCACUGACAAGUUGUGUUUUAUGCGUGUGGCAACACGUAAAUUUGAAUUUCUUGUGGCGCCAGACGAUCCUUUCACCAUUACCGUUUUACUUUAAAAGAAGAAGAAGAAGAUAAAAGGGAGCGGGAGUAAAAUACAUAUAGAGGGGGACAUUGAAGACGGAGAGCGAGAGGAUAACCAAUGCAAAGUUUAACUUUGCCAUAACUUUUCUUUUGGUGUUUUUUUUUUUUUGUACAUGUAUAAAUCUUUAACCCCAAAACUAAACGAGCCAUUAAAUUAUGCGAAUACGAAAAGCAUAAAGAAAAAGAAAAAAAAAAUGU